AUGCCAAGUGCAACAACAACAACAAACUAUGAUGAAGAUUUUCUUUCCGAAAGAAUUCUUAAUUUCACUCACAAUAAUGAUUUUCUUCUCAAUGGAUCAAACUUUCCUGGAAUAAAUAAUAAUAAUAGUAAUCAUGGAUAUCCAUCAGGUUCACAAAAGGCCUAUCCUUCAGAGAAAGAUUUUGAUGCCGUGUCGGAUUGUGUUAGUCGAAAUUCUCCCGUUCAUGUCUCCUACAAUGGAACUCCUCAUUUUCUUUCUAACAAGGCAUCCAACGGAAUGAUCAGUAGUGCUUUUACAACACCCAAUCCUGGUAACAAAGUCAUGGAAGAAUUUCAUAGUCUGCAGAAUUCUCCCUUUUAUGACAAGCUGCAACAUUAUACGAAUGGUAAUCUCUGUAUGCAACCAAAUGGAAACGAUUCACUAUAUAUGCAAAGAAGACCUCCUCAAAGAGAACUUUUCCCUACUACGACCUCCAACGGCUGGGUGACAAACCUAUCCGUUGCUGGUGGUGGUUUGUACCCUAUUGAUCGACUUCAAUAUAUUAAUUACGCUCGUAGCAAGGGUUUCAUUGUCGGUCAAGAAUUGGAACAUAUCAAAGAAAAUUCUCGUCGGUCUACGAGUCACACUUACGGUCGCAUUUCAGCCCAUUUUCGAAAUAGAUACGGUGAAACUGAGGCCAAAACCAAAGCCUCUUAUCUACAACUUGGUGUUCGAGUCCCUACAAAGGACCACGUGUCGGAGAUUGUUGGGAAAGGGGGUCAGAAAAUUAAGUUAAUACGCGAGGAGACUGGAGCGUUAAUUACAACACCUGGAGAGAAUGAGGACCACGUUUUUAUUAUCGAGGCUCCUCCAGAAAUUGCAUUGAAAGUUGCGGAUUUGAUCACUAACAGGGCGCAAGAAAUCUCCCAAAGUAAAUCAAAUGCCAGUGAACGCCGUCGAGGUUCGACUAACUCAAUUCCCGGCUGCGCAUCUCUCUUUGGUGGAAGUGGCGUCGUCUCAGCAACCGCAGCAAAUGGAGGCCAGCGCCUUGUUUCUCGUAGCCCUGACGACCUCCCGAAUGUCACUAUCCCCUCUCCUUCACCCCUUUUGAAGUCUUCUCUUACGAAUGGGGGGAAUUAUUCAAAUGAAAAUGGUUUUUUCUCUUCUAAUGGAAAUGGGCUUCCCAAUGGGGUAUCGAAUAGUAAUGGUGGAACUACUAGAACCCUUCUUUCUCGUUCAAAAAUUUCUGUCCCUCAGGAUAUGGUGGGAAAAAUUAUUGGCACCCAAGGCUCGAUUAUUACGACAAUUCAAAAAGAUACUGGAACGGAGAUCAAGAGCCCACCUAAGGAGGCUGCUCGUGGCCCUUCCGCAACUUCUGAAUUCGAGAUUUCUGCUUAUCAAUCGCAAGGAAUGACUGCUCAAGAUGCUGAAGCUAGAGUUCAACAAGCGAAGCAAUUAAUCGGUCAUUUGGUAAUGCGUCAAUUUGAGAGACGUUACUCUGAAGAACUUGAGGAUAAUAACACCGGAAAUGGGAGUUCAGGAAAGUCUAGAAAUAACUCGAACGGUGAAGAAUCCGAUAGGAAUAGCAAUGGGAAAACCGCAACAACCAAUGUUUCCAACGGCGUCGCUUGGAUGUGGCCAGAUGUUCAACAAAUGGAUGCGAAAGAGGCUCAGGAUGUUCUCGAUCGCAUUCUCGCUGAGUCCAAGAGCAAGACACGCCGAGUGAAAGAGCUUCAAGCUGCUGCUGCAUCAACAACCGCUUCUCUACCGGCUUCUCCCUGUGGAUUAGUUUCUGGAGGCAACAGCAGCUUUGCUAUCGAAUUCUUCCCUACUACAGACAAAUCAACCGGUUCUUGCCAGAACAGCCCCUUCCAUCAAUCAAGAAUUCCAUCCCACAACAAUGUUUUUUCUGCUAAUGCUGCGACCGCCCCAGGUUCAAUGAAUCUCUUUGAGAGACGUCUAACAAAUGUCGAUUUCCAUUCAGAGUCGGAGUUUCCUGACAACCAGCAUGCUGGAAUGUGCCCAAACCCCCUGUUUUGGUCGAAUCCCGGUCCACGACAUUCGUUUUCAGCUGGUGCACCAAAUGUGGGAGAUAGUACGAGUCCCACUCUUCUUCGUAGACACACGAUGACUUCAGCAGAACCUUAUAAACCGAAUCUUCACAUCAGGAACAGCACUAACGAAGCUUCCGCACUUGACAAGCACUCCGAAGUGGAACUUAAUGUCAUCCAGGCACUUGAAAAUCUUGGCCUAGGAGGUGAUGAGGUACGCAAUUCUUGCCACGAUCAUCCUCCUGGUUUCACAUCGCAUUUUCCACAUGUCAGACAUCAAUCGUCUUCUUCCACAUGGCCAGUACCAUCUUUCUUCCCAAACAAUGAGCCACAAGAAGAUUUGACUACACGCAGCAGCAAUAUCUGGAGUAAUGCAGCUUCAGUACUUCCAGAGCACUUGUCAAUGCCGGCGACAACGACACACACUGUCAUUCCUACAGCAGCUGCGUCCAUCUCUUCUUCAUCUUCAGGGAGUGUCAAUCGAUGUGGAAUUAUUGGUGAGGAGAGGCGUAGACCUUCGCCCUCCAAUUUCACAUCCACAGCUCCUCCUGAAUCCUCAUAA